GUGGAGCCGUCGCGCGUACAAAUAUUAGUCCUUCCACGAGCUUCAUGGUGUGAUGUGGCAGCUUUUCUCGCAAACGUAUCACUGAAAAAAGUACUUAACAAAGUUGUACUACCACAGUACCACCUGCAAAUUGUAAGGACUGUUUCAGUUUAAAUUUCCGUAGAAAGCAAUUUCACGAGAGACGGAGUGAGAUUUGCGCAAAACCAAACCAGGGUGAAACCGGCGGCAGCACCCAGUCCGCCAUCGCUCGGCAGCUGUUUCCCCAAUCCGCCCCACCCCCGGGUUGGGAUCUUCUGCGCGCAACCACACGCCUAAACCGCUAAACGUGAGGCCCGUGGUGGGCGGGGAGGGGAGGGGACAGGAAACGGCCGGGCGCACGGGAUCCGUGGGUGGUUUUGCCCCCCCCCCCUCCGGGUCUGUGUGCUCUCUUCCCACCGCUGGUGCGGCGCAAAACCGACUACUCCCGCUGCUGCCGCGCGCGCCCAGCAACCCAGCCAGCCGCACGGUUCCGCCACGCGAAACCGGCGGCCGCCUCCUCGUCACGCACCCACAAACUCUCUCUCUCUCCGGUCUCCGGCUUUUUAUUCCGCCCCCGCCUCGCUCGCUGCUGUUUUCUUCUCACCGGAGCAGUAGCCUCUACUACUACGCGCUUGCGAACUUGACGAGACGAGUAGUGUGUGUGUUUGACGAGUGGUUUUGGAGAUGGAGAGAGGGGAUGGUGGUGGAGGAGGAGGAGGAGGGGGAGGGGGGAUGGGGCCGAGGGGGGUGGUGGGGUCGGCGGCAAUGCUGGGGCUGGAGAUGCACCUCGCCCACCCGCAGAUGCACGCCGCCGCGUACCAGCAGCCGGACCCCCACGGCGGCGGCGGCGGCGGGUUCCAGCAGCAGGUGGCGGCGGUGAGGCAGCAGCAGCAGCAGUCGUACUCGCCCUACUCGGCGGGGGCGUCGUCGAGGGUGAUCAAGGCGCCCGGCCAUGACGAUGGGAUGGGCAACGGCGCCGGUAAGGGCGGCGUGGUGCAGCAGCAGCAGCAGCCCGGGUCGGUGGGGUGCCCGUGGACGCGGAUGAAGUGGACGGACGGGAUGGUGCGGCUGCUGAUCAACGUCGUGUACAGCGUCGGGGACGACGGCGAUGGCGUGGCGGCGGGCGGCGCCGCGGGUGGGAAGGCGUCCGCGGGGGCGGCGGGGCACGGGAAGGCCGGCGGGUCCGGGUCCCACGGCGCGCACGGGCAGGCGGCGGCGCAGCAGAAGAAGGGCAAGUGGAAGUCGGUGUCGCGGGCGAUGAUGGAGAGCGGCCACAUGGUGUCGCCGCAGCAGUGCGAGGACAAGUUCAACGACCUCAACAAGCGGUACAAGCGCGUCGUCGACCUGCUCGGCCGCGGCAAGGCGUGCAAGGUCGUCGAGAACCACGCGCUGCUCGACGCCAUGGACGAGCUCACCCACAAGGCCAAGGACGAGGCGCGCAAGCUGCUCAGCUCCAAGCACCUCUUCUUCCGCGAGAUGUGCGCCUACCACAACUCUGGCGCGGCCGCCGCCGCCGCCGCGCACGGCCCGCACGGCGCCGGCGCCGCCGGCGUCGAGGCCACCGCCUGCUUCCACCACCCGCCGCCCGCGUCCAUGGCCGCCGCCUCGUCCGCCGCGCGCCAGGCGGCGGCGGCGGCCCCUUCCCUUGGGAUGAAGGACUCCUCCGCGGGCCCGGAGGACGACGAGGACGACAGCGAGGACGUCCCCAGCAGCAACGAGGUCGAUGACGAGGACGAUGACGACGACGACGACGACGACGAGGUGGGCCCAGGGAUGAAGUCCCGCCGGAUCUACGGCGGCCACCGCGUCCACCACCACCACCACCACCACAACGGCCACCACAAGCGCCGCCGUGGCGACGACGUGUCGUCGGCGGGCGCGGGGGACGACGACGACGAGGACGGCGUGAAGCGCGCGAGGGGGGCGGCCUCGGCCGCGGGGGGAGGCGACGACGAAGGCCCCUCCGCGGUGCAGCAGCUGCAGAGCGAGCUGGCGGCUGCGGUGGCCGGCGGCGGCGACCCGCAGCAGGUGCGGCAGUGGGUACGGCGGCGCACGGUGGAGGUGGAGGAGCAGCAGGUGGCGCACGAGGUGCGCGCGUACCACCUGGAGCGGCAGCGGCUCAAGUGGGAGCGGUUCCGCGCCAACAAGGAGCGCGACAUGGAGCGCGCCCGGCUGCGCAACGACCGCCUCCGCAUCGACGGCCGCCGCAUGCUCCUCCUCCUCCGCCAGAAGGACCUCGACUUCGACAUCGCCGAGGCAAACUCCUCCUCCGUCGACCACCUCACCUCGUCCGCCCCGCCGCCCCUCGCCGCGCUCCAGCAGCAGCAGCAGCCGCUCGGCUCCAGCCCCUCCACCGCCGGCGGCCACCCCAACUAAAGGCAAGCGGCGGCGGCGGCGGCAACUUGCCAUUCCUAGUAAUCAGCUCCCCUUUUAAGAAAAAAAAAGUUUUAGUAGUAGCUGGAGUAGCAUGCAACCGUGGUAGUGCGGUCCUUAGAUUUCCUAUUGGAGUACUCGUAUUGGGUGUGCGUCUUGCGUUAUCACUACAUUAUGCUAUGGUUUUGUGUAAGAUCAGACUCGGUACAUUUGGUUGGGCCUCGAUCUCUUCUUUCAUGAACAAGGGUAGCAGCAGUAGAUUUGCCUUAGCUAGGGAGGAGUGAGAUUUGUGAGAUUCGGUUAUUAUAAUUAUGUGAAUUAUUACUGCAAUAUUGUGCUGCCAAUUUGUGUUCUUAGAGCAUAUGAUAAGUAUUUUCUAGCAUCUUCAUAUAGGGUAAGCAAAACCGGUAAUGAAUUAGAGUACUUGUACCA